CAACGCCCCGGGACGUUGACGUUGGAGGUCAUGGUGAUGUUGAUGAUGGCUUCGGUCUGGGACCCGGGGAUGUUGUAGAAGUUGGUGUCAUCUCCGCUGUUGAAGCCGGCCUGAAAAUGGGGCCAAAAUGGAGGAUUUGGAGGGUUAACCUCACCCAGGGUGUGGGGCAACCUCCUCCCGGUGGUGGGGGUGUCUCCAGAAAAACGUUACGGGCCAACCUCCGGUCCUCAGUCAACCUGGCAUUGUCCUCCCCAGAAAUGUUAUGGGCCUGUCCACAACCUUCAUCAUUGUUAUCCCCAGCAGAUGUUACGGGACGACCUUCUACCAUGAGCAAAUGUGGUGUUUUCCCCCCAAAAACCAUUGUGGGUCGACCUCCAAACUUCAUCAUCGUUGUUCCCGGAAGAUGGGAUGGGACAACUUCCUACCCGAUGGCGACGAGCAGGACGCGGUGGCUCCCAAUCUGCCUGGCGCUCUUCUGUGGUCUUUCCACCGCAUCUUUCCGUGGCAAGGAAUUCUUCACCGUCUUCCUGCAGAAUUACGAUGAAUUCAGCCACCCCGACAUCCACCUCCUCCUUACGGCUUACUUCAACUCCACCAAGGUGACGGUGAGAGCGCACGGCGGCACCUUCGCCAACAGCGUCAUCCUUGGCAAAGACCAGUCGGUUUCUCUAGAGAUCCCAGGCGACAUGGAACUUGUCGGCAGCCAGAUUUCGGAUAAAGCCGUCUUGAUUCAGUCCACCGAGGAGAUCUCCGUGGUCUUCAUCAGCUCCAAACGUCACACUGCGGGUGCCACCACCGUUUUGCCUGUGGAUAAGUUGGGCAACAAAUAUUACGUGGUGACUCCAGAGGACAUCAACCACGACUACUUGAAGGAGUUUGUUGUCGUGGCCGGGAAGUCACCGGCCACCGUUUCCAUCAAGGUCUUGGGCAAGUUUUAUUACGGAGGGAGGCAUUACUUCCCUGGGUCCACCCUCCGCGUCUUCUUGGACCCCUACCACAGCUUCCAACUGCAAAGCAGAGAUGAUUUGUCCGGCACUAAGAUCGUAUCGGACAACAACGUGGCGGUCUUCAGUGGACACAGCUGUGUGAAGGUGAACGCAGGUUGCGAUUAUGUGGUUGAGCAGCUUCUGCCUGUCAGCGCGUGGGGGAAAACCUACAUUGUCCCGCCCAUCCCCUUGCAGACGAACAUUGACUUUGUCUAUGUUGUGGCAGACACAAAAGCCUCCCUGACCUACAACAGGGGUAAUUCGGCUGCGACUGAAGACAUUGAGGCCGAGGGGGUCCACAAGUUCGAGAUGAGUGCCAAUUUGCCUCUUCACCUGAGCUCGUCGGCUGCGAUUCAGGUGGUUUUCUUCUUCACCGGUGCCAAGAAGAACCUGAAGGGCAAAGACCCCUUCCUACUCAACAUCCCACCCGUCUCUGCCUACUGCACGUCCUACCGAGUCAGUAGUCCGUCUGGCUAUGACAACUACAUGAGCCUCAUCUCCCGUAAUGCGGACACCAGCACCAUCACCCUCAACCAGAAGGUGGAGGGAACCAUAGCUUGGCAAGCGAUUCCCGGCACAGACUUCUCCUGGGCCCCCAUCACCAUGAACCAACCAGCAGAAAUCCAGACCAUUGAGCACGAGCAUUCGCCCUUCGGGCUCCUGGUCUUUGGCUUCCGAUAUUAUGUCGGUUAUGGCUUCGCCGGUCUUUGUGCCACACCUUCUAAUCUGCUUUCCUGUGAAGACCUGGGAUGCAAGGACAACUGCAGGGGGUCAGAUGAGCAACCCGCAUGCAUGCAAGAAACCUUCUCAACCUGCUGGGUCUCCGGCGAUCCCCACUACAAAACCUUUGAUGGGAAAACCUUUGAUUUCAUGGGCACGUGCACCUACACCUUGACCAAGACCUGUGAUUCCGAUUCGACCCUGCCUGUCUUCAGAGUCGAGGCCAAAAACGAACACAGGGCUAACCAAAAAGUCUCCUGCAUUGGCUCCCUGAUCAUCCGUGUCUACGACAUCACUAUCACUGUGGUCAGGGCCGAGAACGGGAUCGUGAGGGUAAACAACCAUCGCUCCCACCUCCCCAUUUCCCUUGCCCAAGGGAAACUCCGCCUGCAGCAGCGGGGUAAGUCCGUGCUGAUUCAAACCGACUUCAGGCUGAAGAUCUUCUACGACUGGGACAACCACGUGGUGGUGAAGCUCCCCAGUACGCUCUCCGGCAAAGUGUGUGGGUUGUGUGGCAACAGCAACGGCAACCCCCAGGAUGAUUCCUUCAUGUCUGAUGGCAACCUGGCGGAGAACGCUGUGGAGCUGGGCCGGAGCUGGAAGGUGGCCAACGAGAGCCAUCAUUGCUGGGACACCUGCAACGGCGACUGUGGACGUUGCCAAUGGGGUGAGGAGGCGAAAUACAAGGGGGAGACGUCGUGCGGGUUGCUCACCCAACACCCAGGGCCCUUUGAGCGCUGCCACGCCACCAUCAACCCUGACAUCUACCUGAAAAACUGCAUCUAUGAUCUCUGUGUGAACGACGGGGUCCACGUCAUGCUAUGCAAAGCGCUCAAAGCCUACGCAGAUGACUGCCAGGAGGAGGGAAUCACCAUUUCUGACUGGAGGACACUGGCACGUUGUCCUCUCUCCUGCCCGAAGAACAGCAAUUACACCGCGUGUGGCACUGCCUGCCCCACCACCUGCAACACCGCCGCGAUGCCCACUGACUGCGAUGCCUCGGCCUGCGUGGAGACCUGCCAGUGCCACGAGGGCUUCGUGCUCGAUGCCAACAAGUGCGUCCCCCAGGAUGAGUGUGGCUGCGUCUUCGAGGGCCGCCUUCACGGCCUCCACGAGGAGUUCUGGGGCGACAGCACCUGCACCAAACGCUGCGUCUGCGACGAGGACCACCAAAGGGCCAUAUGCCAGUGGACCAGCUGCCAUGCCGGGGAAGAGUGCCGGGUGGAGGACGGCAUCCAGGGUUGUUAUCCCAAGGCCUACGGGACCUGUGCGGCGGUUGGUGCCACCCACUACGAGAGCUUCGAUGGUGGGAAGUUCAUCUUCCAGGGCACGUGCAUGUACCAGUUGGCUGGGUUGUGCAAGAAGAGAAAAGAUCUGGUGGACUUCCAGGUGCUGGUGCAAAACGGGCGCCAUGACAAUGAACGUCUGUCCUCCAUCGCUCUUGUGAUGGUCAAAGUCUACGGCAAAAACAUUGUAAUCAGCCAGGAACACCCCAACAAAAUCAUGAUCAAUGAUCAGUUGGCUAAUCUACCAUAUCAUGGUGGAGAUAGGAAGAUCUUCAUCUACAGAGGUGGGCAGGAAGCGGUGGUAGAGACCGACUUUGGCCUCACUGUCACCUAUGACUGGCAAAGCCAAGUCACUGUCACAGUGCCCAGAACUUACGCAAACACACUGUGUGGCCUCUGUGGGAACUUCAACGGGAAUGCAGGCGAUGAGAUGAUGAUGAAGAACGGCCAAGUGACAGCAAACCCAGACACCUUGGGGCACAGCUGGAAGGUGAUGGACGUCCCGGGUUGCGUGGAGCUGUCAAAGGCGGAAUGUCCUGCCAUGGAGGCGGCUCUGCAGCACCAGAAGGCCUCAAAGAUGGCUUGUGGGAUCAUGCUGCAAGUGGAUGGACCCUUCGGAGCUUGCCAUCAUCAUGUGGAUGCCAGCAAAUACUUCCAAAGCUGCGUGCAUGAAUUUUGCCUCUUCCCGGACCGGGAGGGGGUGAUAUGCCCAAUCAUCACCCGCUACGCCUCUGCCUGCCAGGCCGCUGGUGUGAUCAUCGGGAGAUGGAGGACGAACAAUUUCUGCAGUAUUUCAUGUCCUGCAAACAGCCACUACGAGAUCUGCUCCCAGAGCUGCAGCCACAUCUGCAGCAGCAUCUACACCCCAAUAAAAUGCUCACAGCAGUGCAGGGAGGGCUGCGUGUGCAACAAAGGCUUCGUGCUCAGCGGCGACGAGUGCGUCCCCAUGUCGCAGUGCGGGUGCCUCAAACAGGACUUCUACUACAAGGCAGGGGAGACCUUCUAUCCCACCAAGCAGGAGGAAUGCCAGUGCCAGGCUGGCGGCACCGUGGCCUGCCAAAAAAUUUCUUGCCCCGAAGGCAGCGAAGGCAAAGUCAUCGAUGGUGUCUUCCAAUGCCAACCUGUGAUGCCUAGGGCCUGCAUGGCCACAGGCGACCGCAGCUAUUUAUCCUUUGAUGGGAUGGCCUUCAACAUCCCGGGCACCUGCUCCUACAUUCUCACCGAGACCUGCUCUGGGGACAACGUCAAACCAUUUAUUGUGAAAAUCGAGAAGGAACCCCGGCAGAAGAGGAAGGUCUCCGGCAUCCAAGCAUUGUCCGUUGAAGUCUACGGGUUCACGGUGACCUUGACACGAAGCAAGAGAGGAGUUGUCAUGGUGGAUUACGUAUCCCACCACCUCCCAGUCAUCCUGAAGAAGGGGCAGGUCCAGGUGCUCCAACACGGGCUGGGCGUCCUGCUUCAGACUGACUUCGGCCUCGUCGUACACUAUGACCUCCUCCACCACGUGAUGGUCACAGUCCCUCAGAGCUACCGGGGCCACCUCUGCGGGCUCUGCGGCAACUACAACGGGGAACGCAACGACGAUUUCCUCCUCCCUGGUGGCCAACGGGCUGCCAACGCCCUGGCCUUUGGCUCUGCCUGGAAAAUGCCGGGUGGGUCGUGCAGUGAUGACUGCCCCGAGGCCGACUGCCCCAUCUGCAAGGAGAAGAAGAAGGUCGUCCUCCAAAAACCCAACUACUGCGGCAUCCUCAAGGUCUCCAAGGGCCCCUUCGACUCCUGCCACCACGUCAUCAACCCCGCUCUGUAUUUCGAAGCCUGCCUCCACGACCUCUGCCUCGCUGAAGGCGACACCCAUGUCCUCUGCCAGAGCAUCCAGAGCUACGCCACCGCGUGCCAAGAGGCCGGCGUCAUCAUCGGGGCUUGGAGGAAACCGUCCUUCUGCCCCCUCUGCUGCCCGGCCAACAGCAGCUACUCCCUCUGCACCAACCUCUGCGUCCACAGUUGCACGGGGCUUGUCGAUGCCUCCAAAUGCCCUAAAACCUGCGUCGAAGGCUGCCGCUGCGAGAACGGGUACACCUUUGACGGGGAAAACUGCGUUCCCCGGGACAAAUGCGGAUGCUUUGUGGACGGGAAAUAUUACAAGCCCCACGAGUCGGUCCUGAAGGAGAACUGCCAGCAGCGUUGCACGUGCGUCCCCGGCGAGGGCUUGACUUGCAGCAGCCACAGCUGCACCGACGAUGAAACCUGUGAAGUCCGGGAUGGGGCCUUGGGUUGCAUCAAUCAAAAUCCCUGCAAAGCCCUUCGGUGCCGGCCCAAGGAGAGGUGCGAGAUGAAAGGCAGACAAGCCAAGUGCGUCCCAUCGCAGGUUUCCACCUGCUGGGCUUGGGGGGACCCUCACUACAAAACCUUCGACGGGCUUAAUUUCGACUUCCAAGGCACCUGCACUUACACCAUGGCCGAAUCCUGUGGGAACGACACCGCGCUGGUGCCCUUCAAGGUGGAAGGCAAGAACGACCUCCGCGGCGGCGUGAAAUCCGUCUCCUACGUCAGCUUGGCCACCAUCGAGGUCUACGGCCAACGCAUCUCCAUCCGCCGGAGGGAAGUGGGCAAAGUCAGGGUGAACGGCGUGGUGACGCUGCUGCCGGUGAGCCUGGAGGCCGGGAGGGUGCAGCUCACGCAGAGCGGGCUCAGCGCCGUGCUGGAGACGGAUUUCGGGCUCCGCGUGACCUACGACUGGAUCUGGCACCUGCAAAUCGACCUCCCUAGCAGCUACUACAAGCACACGUGCGGCCUCUGUGGCAAUUUCAACCUCAAGCCCGAGGACGACGUCCCCCAGCAUGGCACCGACGUCGCUGCUGUGGUGGCCUGGGCCGGCGGCUGGAAAAUCCCCGAAGACGAUGACCCAUUUUGCUGGGAUUAUUGUGAAGGUGACUGCCCGGUGUGCGAGGAGGAGAAAAAGGAGCUCUACGGGGGCAACCAGUACUGUGGUCUGCUCAAAAAAACCUUCCAGGGGCCCUUCAAGGCUUGCCACGACGUCGUGAAGCCUCGGGAGUUCUACCGCAGCUGCCUCUACGACGUGUGCAUGAGCGCCGGGGCGAAGAAAAUCCUCUGCCAGGUGCUGGAGGCGUAUGCAACCACCUGCAAGAAGCACGGGGCGGUGGUGCACGACUGGCGGACGCCGUCGGGGUGCCCGUUACCUUGCCCCGAAAACAGCCACUACGAAGCUUGCGGCAACGCCUGCCCGGCCACGUGCAGCAACCGGGACGCGCCGGCCUCCUGCAGCCAGCCUUGCGUGGAGACCUGCGCUUGCAACGAGGGCUACGUCCUCAGCGGCGGCCAGUGCGUGGCGGUGGCCAGCUGCGGCUGCACCCACGACGGUCGCUACUACAAGCCCGGUGAGGAGUUUUGGGCCGACGAGACCUGCCAGGCUCGCUGCAGGUGCGCCCCGGAUUUGGGCAUGGUGGUGUGCAAGGAAGCUGGCUGCAAGCGGGGCGAGCGGUGCGCCACGGUGAAGGGCGUGCGGCGGUGCGUGGCCAAGAGCCGCGCCGUCUGCGUGGCCACCGGCGACCCCCAUUACACCACUUUCGACGGGCGCCGCUUCGAUUUCAUGGGCACCUGCGUCUACCAGUUGGCCGCCCUCUGCUCGGAUGACCCCACGCUCGUCCCCUUCACCGUCACCGUGGAGAACAACAACCGCGGCAGCCGCGUGGUCUCCUACACUAAGGAGGUCACCUUAAAAGUCUACAACGUGACCCUCAGCCUCAGCCAGGAGCACCCCGAGAAGCUCAAGGUCAACGGGAUCCUGGUGGAUCUGCCCUACGACCACGGCAAAAAGCUCCACGCCUACCGGAGCGGCGUCCACGGCUUCAUCAAGACCGACUUCGAGGUCAUUGUCACCUUCGACUGGCACAGCUACGCCAGGGUCAUCCUCCCCAACACCUACUCGCGGGCCGUCUGCGGCCUGUGCGGCAACGCCGACGGCGACCCCCAGGACGACCUCAACUUGCGCAACGGGCAGCCGGCUGCCGACGAAAUCCAGUUUGCCGAUUCCUGGAAGGUGGCCGACGUCCCCGGUUGCUGGGCCGGUUGCACAGAGAAUUGCAACGUUUGCACGGAAGCGGAGAAACGCGCCUACCGGGGCGACAAGCACUGCGGGCUCCUGGUGAAGAAGCAGGGACCCUUCGCCGCCUGCCACGGCAGCAUCGACCCGACCCCCUACUUCAACGAUUGUCUCUUCGACACCUGCCUCUACAAGGGGCAUCAAGAAACCGUCUGCCACUCCAUCAGCGCCUACGUCACCGCCUGCCAGAGCCAGGGCAUCCGCAUCCGGCAGUGGCGCACCGCCACCUUCUGCAGUCUCGUCUGCCCCCCGAACCAGCACUACGAGCUCUGCGGCCCGGCCUGCCCGGCCACGUGCCACGGCGAAACGGAAAUGGAGGAAUGCGAGAAAAACGCUCCCUGCACCGAAGGCUGCUUCUGCGACGCCGGCUUCCUGCAGAGCGGCGACCGCUGCGUCCCCUUGGCCCAGUGCGGCUGCUUGCACCAGGGCCGCUACUACAAGGCGGGCGAGACGUUUUACUCCUGCCCGCGGUGCACCGAGCUUUGCACUUGCAAAGGGCCCGGGGCGGUGGAGUGCCAGCCGGGGGGUUGCACGGCAGGCGAGGAGUGCACGGUGCAGGACGGGGUGCAGGGCUGCUACCCCCGCGAGUGCGGGCGCUGCGAGGUGCUGGGCGCGGCCACCUACCGCACCUUCGACGGGCACCUGCUGCGCUUUGCCGGGAGCUGCAGCUACACGCUGGCGGCCGUCGAGGCCGCCGGCCCCGAGGACCCGCUGGUGCCUUUCGCCGUGGAGGUGGAGAAGGAGAGCGGCGAGGAGGAGCCGCUCAUCCGGCGGCUGCUGGUCACCGUGCACGGCGUCACCGUCGCCAUGGCCAGGGGCACGGCCUGGGAGGUGACGGUGGACGGCGAGCAGCACCUCCUCCCGCUGACGCUGGCCCAGGGGGCCCUGACGGUGGCCCAGGAGGGUCCCCACCGGGUUCUCCAAGUCCGGGGGGGCCUCAAGCUCCUCUACGAUGGCGUCUCCUACGCGGUGCUCACCCUCCCUUCGCCUUUCCACCGCCGCCCCCGCGGCCUCUGCGGCAACUUUGACGGCGACGCCGCCAACGACGCCGCCGCCCCCCCAGAUUUAGGGGCGGCCUGGGGCACCCUCACCCCGACUUGCACCCACGACUCCCCCCACGCUCCCCCUCCCGUUUGCUCACCCUCCGAACAGCCGGAGCCCUGCGAGCUGCUGGCGGAGGCGACGGGGCCCUUCGCCGGGUGCCACGGGGUGCUGCCCCCCCGCGAGCACGUGGCGGGGUGCGCACGGGAGCGCUGCGGCCGCCCGGGGGCCGCCGGGCUCUGCCGUGGGUUGCAGGCUUACGCCACGGCGUGUCAAGCGGCUGGAGGGAGGCUGCAGGAGUGGCGGGAGGCGGCCGGCUGCCCAGCCCUCGCCUGCCCCCCCAACAGCCACUACGAGCUCUGCACCCGCAGCUGCGACCACACUUGCGCCAGCCUCUCCGCCAUCACCCCCUGCACCCACAAAUGCUUCGAGGGCUGCCAGUGUGACGACGGCUUCUUCUUCGACAGCGACGAGUGCGUCCCGGCCGAGGCCUGCGGGUGCCUGCACCGCGGCCGCUACUUCAAGAUCGCCGAGACCAUCCUCUCCGCUGACUGCAGCGAGAGCUGCACGUGCCAGGCGGCCGGUGGCGUGCAGUGCCACCGGGCCGGGUGCCCCUUCGGCCAAGCGUGUGGCCUCAAAGACGGCGUCCGGGGCUGCGUGGAGCAACCGGGUCGCUGCACGUUGGCUCCCGCCUCCCGCUUCCUCUCCUUCGACGGGGCCACCGGCACCGCCACGGCCACCGGCAUCUACGUGGUGGCCACCCUGUGCGACCCUCAGCACUCCGCCUGGUUCCGCCUCUUGGCUGAUGUGGGGGAGAACCAGGACCAACCAGCUGUGGUAGCCCUUCACCUCUUCAGCUCCCGCGCCUUCGUCACCAUCAAGAAGGACAGGAAGGUCUGGGUCAAUGGCGUCCCAGCCGCCCUCCCCGUGGACUUCUCCGGCGCGUUGACCGUCACCGAGACCCGCGGCACCAUUUGGGUCACCCAAAAACCCGAAUUCAUCGUCGGCCUCAGCCCCGCCGGGGAGGUGACGGUGACGGUGGGCCGGGACCUGAGCAAGCAGCUCUGCGGGCUCUGCGGGAACUACGACGGGAACGCGGCCAACGACCUCCAAGGGCCCGACGGGAAAUUGGUGGGCAACGCGGCGGCGCUGGCCAAGGCCUGGAGAGCCAUCGACUUCUCCCACUGAUGCCGAAAAACGACAUUUUAAAGGCCUGGCAAUGGGACACCGCUCCUCAUCGCUGGGGUCAUCGUGGCCAACCUGAAGCGUCGAU